AUGGGUUUGUUGCUGAUUGAGAUGUUCAUCUCUUCAUCCCACUCCUACAUCAUCUUAUUCAGUAUGAGAAAACAUGUUGGACUCAACCAAUUUCUAACUCACCACCGAUCCUUUAUUACUCUUCCUCCGCUCAGAGUUUCUGCAGCAGCAUCUGUACAAGAAGAAGCAUCUCCUGUCUCUCCUGAUACAUAUGGGGGUGUGGAAAAUUUGGUGAUUAUAGGUUCUGGUCCAGCUGGAUAUACUGCUGGGAUUUAUGCAGAUCGUGCCAAUUUGAAACAUGUUGUGUUUGAAGGGUAUCAAGUUGGGGGUGUUCCUGGUGGACAGUUGAUGACUACCACUGAAGUCGAGAAUUUUCCAGGGUUUCCUGAUGGAAUUACUGAUACCUUGAGGAUGUUCUGUAUUGGAUUCACCAAGAGGCGAGAGAAACAGGUCAAGAGAACCUGUAAUGCUCACUCUAGCCAGAUCCGACAAAUUCGUCGCAAGAUGGUUGAAGCCAUGGUAAACCAGGCCUCCUCGUGUGAUCUUAAAGAGUUGGUGGCAAAAUUCAUACCUGAAAUGAUUGGAAAGGAGAUUGAGAAGGAUACAUCAAGCAUUUAUCUAUUGCAGAAUGUGUUUAUUAGGAAGGUCAAGAUCUUGAAGGCUCUAAGGUUUGAUCUUGGAAAGUUGACGGAGGUUCAUGGUGACUACUCUGAGGAUGUUGGUGUGAAGGUGGAUAGGCCUGCUGAGGAAACAGUACCAGAGGGUGAGACUGAAGUUGUUGGAGCUUAG